AUGGCGGGUUUUACAAAAAUUUCAAACUGAGCCAUCAUUUGCGGGAAUUAUUCUGGAAGCCGCAAAGAAAUAAUCAUUUUAGACCUUAAAUCUAACAUUCUGCUGCGUUUCAUUUUCAAUCAUGUCAUCGAGUUUUGGAGAUUUGUUGCAGCAGGCAGAGCAAUUGACUGCCGAUAUGGACAGUGGCUGGGAAUUGCCUCGGGUUGAGAGAAACCUCCAUCAACUUGCAGAGGCUGGUCAGAGAUUGUGGUCUCAAACGACUGGUGUGGCGGGAGAUAGUGCUCAAGUGAAGGCUUCCAUUUUACUGGGCACCAAAGGCUUUGAUGUCCCACGCCUGUCAGAAAAACUAGAUCGUCUUGACACGGCAAAGACAUUUGAACCUCUUGAGCCUGUUAGAGAGACUGAUAUUCAGGGUUUCCUUCGAAAUGAGAGAGAAAAUGCAAUCUUGGCAGCCAUAGAGGAAGCAAGAAAGAAUACAUUUAACCAGGCAGAAAAACAUCAAUGGGCUUGCAUGGAAAGUGAAUGGGAAAAAGAAAAAGAGAAAAUUCUUAACUCACUUUUGGGAGCUGGGCAGGAGACGCUAGAUUUCUCAGGAGAAGCAGAGGUUUUCACAACAAGUUCAUUGAGUUUACAAGGGAGAAGUGCUCUUGAUGCGACAGAACUAGCUUAUGCCAGACAGGUUUACAUCCACAAUGAAGCCCUCCUUCAAUCAGCAAGACAUAACAUAGUGGAUGGAUUUUUAACACUCAUUGACAGAUUUGAAGAUCCGAUCAUUAAGGACAUGUGGACUUUUAUCAAAGAACUUGGGGAAGAACUUCAAAGGUCUCGCGGUUCCUCGCAGGUUAUGACAGAGGAAGUUAGGUUUUCUAUGGAUUUUCAAGUGGCAUUUAUUAAAAUGGCAAGAAGUUUCUUGGAAGGAAGAUACUUAAAGUUUGUUCAGGACACUGUUUAUAGCAAUCUGCAUCAAGCAAAGUUGGGAGGAGUUCCAGGCACUCUGCAAUUGGUCAAAAGUUUUUUGAAGAUUAAACUUCCUCCAGUUGUACAAGGACUUGAGGAUGGUGAUGUUGAUGGCACCCCACUGUGGCCAUUAAUUUAUUACUGUCUGCGAUGUGGAGACCCUAAAGCAGCUCUACAAGCUGUGAAACAUGUGCCACAGCAUUUGGCAGAAUUUCGAGACUUUUUUGUGGAAUAUUUGAACAGCAAAGAGAGCAGACUUUCUCCCAGUUCAGAAAGCAAGCUACGGCUCCAGUAUAGAAGAUCUAUUCGUACCAGUCAAGAUCCCUUUAAAAGGGCUGUCUACUGUCUGAUUGGUCAGUGUGAUGUACAAUCAGAUUCUCAUCAAGAAGUUGCUAACAAAACUGAAGACUACCUGUGGCUUAAGCUUCGUCAAGUGACUGUUAGAGAGGAAGAAGGGAAUAAUGAUGGCGUUUCCUUUCAAUGGCUACAGACCAUGUUAUUGGAACAGUUUGGUGAGGCACACUUUAAUGCAUAUCAAAAACCUUUGUUGUACUUUCAAGUCCUGUUUUUGACAGGCCAGUUUGAAGCAGCCAUAGAAUUCUUGUCACGGACAGAAGCCUUUAGAAGUCAUGCUGUACACUUUGCUAUUGCACUCUUUAAAAUGCAUGUUAUUUUAUUGCCUGAGUCAAUCCAAGCACAACUUGUGACAACCUUUUCUGGAGAUCCUCAACCCAGCAGACGAUUAAACUUUGCUCGUCUGAUCAUGUCUUACACACGGAAAUUUGAGGUUACUGAUCCAAGAGAAGCUCUUCAAUAUUUCUUUUUGUUGAGGGGAAUGAAUGGACCUCAAGGAGAGGACCUCUUCAUGUCCUGUAUAAGUGAACUGGUCUUAGAAACUAGAGAGUUUGAGAUGCUACUGGGAAAGCUAGAACCAGAUGGGAAAAGGAAGCCUGGCUGUAUUGACAAGUUUCACAAAGAUACUCAAAAGAUCAUUGAAGUUGUGGCAAAGGAUUCUGCUGACAAGGGUUUGUCGGAGGAGGCUGUCAAACUCUUUGAUUUAGCCAAGAAUCAUGAUAGAGCCUUGGAAAUCCUGAACAAACUUCUUAGUCAGGUGAUCUCGGCAUCUAGUGGUCUUCAGUCUCCACGGGAUAGACUUCAGACAUUGGCUGUAGACUUAGCACAGAGAUACAGAACAUUGGGUCAUUCUGCAAGCCAAAGUAGAAUAAGCACAUUUUUUCUCUUGUUGGAUCUUAUGCAGUUCUUUGAUCUCUACCAUGCUGGCCAACAGGACACAGCUUUAGAUGUCAUGCACAAGCUUAGACUAGUUCCCUUGGGAAGUGAAGCAGUAGAGGAAAGAGUGGCAGCUUUCAGGCAGUACAAUGAUGAAAUACGACGAAACUUACCAGAUGUACUUCUAGCUACAAUGAACAUCUUGUAUACUAAAUAUCGCAACACUAGAGGGAGUGGUCAGAGUCCACUGGCUGGUAGUCAGAGAAAUCUGAGAGAUGACGGUGGACAAGAAAGGUACCGGGAUAUUUUGAGGCGCCAGGCGCGAGCCCUGAUCACCUUUGCGGGAUUGAUUCCGUACCGUCUACCUGGAGAUACGAACGCUCGGCUGGUUCAGAUGGAAGUCCUCAUGAACUGAUACUUCACCCCGAUGGUUUCCAAUGGGCUGCAAGUUCGGUACUGAACAGGAAUUGAUAGACGAAAGACCGCAGGCGCAGCUAUAAUCUUUCGUUGUGUUCAACCUCUGUUAAAAUGGUUGUAACUUAUAGAGAAUUAUUAGGACUUAUCCUUAGGGUUUCUCUUUAAGUGUCACUAGUCUGGACACAGCAACGAAAUUAAAUUGUGACAGCCAUAAGUUUGCCUGGCCACGCCCUGAAAAUCGAAGUGCAUGAGGUCUAAGACGAAUUAGAACGCUUGAUGCUUCUUUAUAAAAACUCUACCUAGCAGGUACUCUGUCUAAAGGCGUGGAAGCAAAGUUCUCCCAAACAUUUCAAGAAAGUUUUGAUGGGGAACUAAAGAUUUUUGUAUUGACAUUUACACGUAAAAUUCCUCUGCUCAUCUCAGUUUCAGCCCGAAGAGGCAAGGGGACUAAAGUACCGACUAGAUUUCUCUUUUAAUCGUAAUCAUUACAACACUGUACAGUUUACCGUUCCUAAUUGAUUAAAAAAAGUGUUCUCGAUCA